UCCUCCAUAACGCAGCAGUCCAGAAAAAGAAGGUCUUUUUUGGAGGAAUAUUGAGAAAUGCUUGUGUUGUUCGAGACUCCUGCGGGCUUUGCCCUUUUCAAAGUAUUGGAUGAAGGAAAGCUAAAUAAAGUUGAGGACUUGUCAAAGGAAUUCUUGGCUGCAGAUUCAGCAAGAAAGGUUGUCUCAUUGCAAGCCUUUUCCAAGUUCGAAAACACAGCAGAAGCUUUGGAAGCAGCGACAAAAAUACUUGAAAGCACACCUAGUAAAGGUCUGCGCAAAUUCUUGCGUGCUCAUUGUGACGGUGAAACGUUGGGAGUGGCUGAUUCAAAGCUUGGAAAUGCAAUUAAGGAAAAACUGAAAAUUGAUUGUGUUCACAAUAAUGCUGUUAUGGAGUUGCUUAGAGGUGUGAGAACUCAGUUGUCGGAACUCAUAUCGGGUUUAGGUGCUCAAGACUUGGCUCCGAUGAGUCUCGGUUUGUCUCAUAGCCUCUCAAGAUACAAGCUGAAGUUCAGUGCUGAUAAGGUUGAUACAAUGAUUGUCCAAGCCAUCGGUUUGCUUGAUGAUCUUGAUAAAGAGCUCAACACGUAUGCAAUGAGGGUUCGUGAAUGGUAUGGUUGGCAUUUUCCAGAGCUAACUAAGAUUGUACAAGAUAAUAUCCUUUAUGCAAAGGCGGUUAAGCUAAUGGGUGACCGUGCUAAUGCCGCAAAGCUUGACUUCUCAGAGAUAUUACCGGAAGAGGUUGAGACUGAAGUGAAGGAGGCAGCAGUUAUAUCCAUGGGAACUGAAAUUAAUGACCUUGAUCUUAUUAAUAUCAAAGAACUAUGUGAUCAGGUUCUAAAUCUUUCUGAAUACAGAGCCCAGCUCUAUGAUUACUUGAAGAGCAGGAUGAACACCGUUGCACCAAACUUGACCGCUCUUGUCGGUGAACUUGUUGGUGCUCGCCUCAUCGCUCACGGUGGCAGUUUGUUGAAUCUUGCAAAACAGCCUGGAAGUACUGUUCAGAUUCUUGGUGCUGAAAAGGCUCUCUUCAGAGCACUUAAGACGAAACAUUCAACUCCGAAAUAUGGGCUGAUCUACCAUGCAUCCUUGGUUGGCCAGGCAGCACCAAAGCACAAGGGAAAGAUUUCCAGGUCACUUGCUGCAAAGGCUGCAUUGGCAAUUCGAUGCGAUGCUCUUGGAGAUGACCAAGAUAACUCUAUGGGACUUGAGAACCGAGCCAAGCUUGAAGCAAGAUUAAGGACACUUGAGGGAAAAGAAUUGGCACGUUCUGCCGGGUCUGCUAAAGGCAAGCCAAAGAUAGAAGUCUAUGAUAAGGACAGGAAGAAGGGAGCUGGAUUAAUAACUCCUGCUAAGACCUACAAUCCUGCAGCAGAUUCCCUUAUUGGGCAACUAACAAACUCCGAUGCUCUUGAACAAGACACUGUACCGAAGAAGAAGAAAAAGGUCGAUACCGAACCUUAUCUGGCAGAGGUACCUUCCGGCAAAGAGAAGAAGAAAAAGAAGAAAGCUGAUCAGGAGGCAAGUGGAAAUGAACCCGAAAGUGAAGAACCUGCUGCACCAAAUUUAAAGGAAAAGAAGAAAAAGAAACGUGAAGCUGAGGAUGAUGAUGAGAAUGUCGAAGUAGGAGAGAGGAAAAAGAAGAGAAAGCAUGCUGAACGAGAAGAACCCGAAGUGCAGACCAAGAAAGAGAAGAAGAAGAAGAAGAAGAAAAGUGAGGAUUAAGGAAAAGAAAGACUGGUGAUUGACUGCCAAACAAGUUUUGGGAAAUAGAGGGCUUUAGGUAGGCAGUUGUGCUUGUAAAAUGUGUUACUUUUUUAGUUGUUAUUUAUAUGGAAGUGCAAACCUUAUUUUGUGAUUGCAAGGAAACAUGGGAACUUUUUUUA